AUGAAAUAUUUCAAGGAAAAUUUUGAGUUUGAUUAUGCUACUGGCGUCAAAUGGGCUUUGAGGACCUUAGGUGAUAGAUGGAAGGCCCAUAAGUAUAAUUUACGAGGAGAAUGCUUCUUUCCUAACAAAAGAAAGGCAGAAAUUCUGGCUGCGAAUCCCUCAGACAUACUGCCUGUUGAAUGGACUGCUUUUGUGGAUCAUUAUAUGGAUCCUAAAAUAAAGAAACAAUGUUUGCAAAACGUCAGAAAUCGUGAGAAGCUUAUAGUUUCACAUGCUGGUGGAAGUAAAAGCAAUGCUAGGAGAGCAACUCAGAUGGAGAAAAAAUUGGGAAGGCCUGAAAAAAUAACAGAGCAUUUGUCUGAAAAUCAAGAGCGUUCUGCCACUAAAGGUAUUCAUUCAAAAGUCUUGGCACAUUUGGAUGAUGCAAUUGGAAAAAUUUGCGGUCCUGAGAAUUGUAAGCGAGUACGUGGCUUUAGUAAUGCUGCAUGUCCCAGUGAUUUUGGUAAGUCAAAGCGCAUCUUUGGAGGGGCAAUAUGCGGAUGUUCUAGCAGUGCAUUGCAACAGUAUGUUGCAGAUUUAGAGAGGCAACUUCAAGAAGCUAAUGAUCAAGUGGCAACUCUCUACAGAUUUCUACAACAAAAAUACGGUGAUGAAUUGACAACAUACCAAUGGAAGAUUCACGUGGAAGUGGUCGACGAACUUGGCAAGACUAUGCCACAGUGGCGGAACUUGAAACAAAAUUUUGGGGGGUGCAAACUCAUGCUGGUAGCCUACGAAGGAUUCGGGAAUUCGUUGGCUAUUACGAUCCACUACAAUAUCCUCUUCUUUUUCCAUUUGGAACUCAUGGAUGGGAUAUCAGUACCCGAAGUCAAAGUGGCGGCAAAGUAUCAUGCCGAACAUAUAAUAGCUAUAUGCUCUAGAUCUGCCCCGAUGAUCAUUCCACCGUAUUGCAAGCAGGGUGACUACUACAAUAAUAUGUUGUUGAUAACUAUGUGA